AUGAGUUUGAAAGAUGAGCUUACUAUCUGGUCUCAAGCUCUGGAAGCCUACGACCGCGAAGAUGUAGCUCAAGCAGUCAAUAGUUUUAAAACUAUCGCUCAUACCUCAAAAAUCCAGUUCAACAUUGCUAUGAUAUACGACGGAUUAGCAAUUGACAAAGAAGCUCUCAAGUGCUUCCUAAGAUCCAGCGAAUUAGAUCCUUAUCUCGCAAUUGCACACUUCCAAGCUGGUGUUUCUAGCUUUAAGCAAAACUGUAUGAACGCCGCUAUACAUAGUUUCGAAAUCUGCAUAGAAUGCUUGCGCGGUAACAUUUCAAUCGACUACGCACAAAUCGGCUUGGAUUACAGCUUACACAUUUCUGAGGUGCAGUUUAAUCUUGGUGUAUGCCUCAUCAGCGCUGGACGCACUCAACUCGGCUUUAAUAGACUUCGCUUGGCACUCGAUAAAUCAGAAAAACCAGAGCAUGUCAUCAUCGAAUCAGUCUUAAAUAAUUCUGGUAGAUCCGCUUCUCUGUUCGCUGUGCCUGUCGGAAUGCUAUUUCAACCACCGGAGGUGAAAAUAAAGAAUUUGGGGGUCAAGGAUUACUUAGGACGUAGUCAAUUGAUAAGUACGUCACACUCAUACGACCUCUCCACCGAUUUUGCUGGUUUCAAAUUACUCGAUAAUAACCAAAAAAGACCAAAGACAGCUCAAGAUGGUAGUAAUAGACCGAGCGUAUUGCUUGGUAGAUCAAAUACUACACCACCCAUUAAAUCUGAUGCUGCAACCAUUCCUAUCUUACGUUCAAGGACGUCAUCAAGAGCUAACCUCACAACGAGCGCAUACCCAAAAUCUGCUGUUAUAAAUGAAGAUAUUAUAUCCGAGGACAAAUCAGAUGUUGACGAUAAAGACUUUGAGAUUAAUAACAAUUUCCAAAAUCAGAAACAAACUUCAACUAAAACUGAAAUGUACUUUACGCGUAGACAAUUCGAUCAAUCAAGUGCGGAGCUUGAAAACAACAUGUUGAACGGGAAGGUUAACGAUUACGAUUUGAGCUCUGCACUCCAUACGAAGCGUCCACCACCUAUUUUGACACUUCCAUUGCAUAAAUCUAACUCACCUUUACCAACACCGUCGACUUCAGCUUCUUCGGAAGAUAGCGAGAAGAGCUUUAGGCAGGCAAUUGAUGAAAAGCUUAAUAGUGGCAAGAAACAACUUAGACCAGCAUUUAUAAAUCGUUCAUUUAGCACUUUAAGAACAAAGUCAAAUAAUCUUAUCAGCUCAAAACGCAGCUCAAGUUCGAUACCAAAACAGUGGCCAUCUACUUCUGAGCAUGGCACACCUAUGGCUGUUUCACCAGUUGGUCCGAUUUCAGCACCGCUCCCUGGAUCCUUUGUUAGCACUGGACCGGGCACGAUGAAGAGAACGCAUUCUGAUACUGAUGGACAACUGACGCCACCUACACAAGAACUAAAAUGCAGUGUACCCAAUUUUAAUAUAAGAAUAAAGAUAUUUUUGAAUAAAGAUGUUAGGGGUAUGAUUAUAUCAGCCAAAGAAACACCGUAUGAAAAAUUCAGAGAUAGCGUACAUUCGAAGUUCCCGCAUAUCGAACCCCCCAGACUGGCGAUUAAGUUCAAGGAUGAUGAUGACCUAGUCACUAUCCUCGAUGACACUGAUUGGGAGAUGGCGAUAGAAUGCGCACAUGUUGAGGCAGAACUCAAAAAACGCUCAUAUGGAACAUUGGAAAUCUACUGCUCAGAGAGAAGGAGCUAA